GACCUAAGAUUUUUUUUACCCUCUCCGAAUCCAAAUUAUUUACAAUUUUACGCACAAAAUUACGCACGACAAGGCUGCAUAACAAGGCUGCAUCUUACAAUAACUUCACGUUGAUUAUCAAUCAUUAAUAACAGACAAUGUUGUUCUGUAUCGUAGACUAAACGUGGAAUGCAUUAAGUAGGCUAAUUUAGCACAAGCAGCUGGGGUUCCGAAGCUACCACAGAGGUUCACUUCACUUGGUUUCUGUGGCUGUUUCUUUAAGGACAUCAGCUGGUGGAACACUACGAAAAGGAGGAAAUAGGAAGUGGAUUGUGAACUGUGUUCGCACAAAGAAAAGAAACUGGUAGAAAUUACGAAAUAUGGCGGGGAUUAAAGCAUUGGUUGGGCUAUCAUUCAGCGGGGCAAUCGGUUUAACAUUCCUGUUGUUGAGCUGUGUGUUGGAACAGUAUGGGGUGUACUGGCCAUUUUUCGUCCUCAUCUUCUACGUCCUGUCUCCCAUCCCUCACUUCAUUGCCCGGAGAGUGAGUGAAGAUACAGACUCUGGCAGCAAUGCAUGUCGCGAGCUGUCGCUCUUCCUGACAAGUGGCAUCGUGGUGUCUGCUUUUGGUCUACCAAUGGUCCUCGCUCACAACAGUGUGAUUCAGUGGGGCGCCUGUGGGCUGGUUUUGGCUGGAAACACGGUCAUCUUCCUCACCAUCCUGGGCUUCUUCUUGAUAUUCGGCGGUGGGGAUGACUUCAGCUGGGAACAGUGGUAGGACUCCCAACCUUCAUGAAGACAACAGACAUCCAGAGAGAGGAGGGGGACACCCCCCCCACCCCUUAACCAUUCUCCCCAAAACCCCUAUAUAACACUGCAUCUAGGUGCGGGAAGGACUUUAUUAUGGGAAAAUUAAAGGCUAAACUGUACUACUAUAAUGCAAAAUGUCACUAUGCUUUUGCAAAACAGAACCCCUGUUUAAAGGGAAGAGGAGGAGGACAGUGGACAGGCAGCCCAUGAGGCUGAAAUAAGGAGGGGGGGAUGUACAAAGGUGGGCUGUUUUUCACUAUUUCUUUUCAAGGUCUGACUGUGAGGAGAUUGCGGCCUUCCAGGCCUUUGUCCGCCUCUUCCACAAUCCCUCAUUCUCUCUCACACACACUCACUCAUUCUUUCUCUGUCUCUCUCUCUCUCUCUCUCUCUCUCUCUCUCUCUCUCUCUCUCUCUCUCUCUCUCUCUCUCAACACCAUGUUGUGGUGACUCUCUUCCAUCCAUCUCUUAGACCUCUGUGGUCCUUUAGUUUCAGCAGAGGUGUCAACUCUAUCUUGCCUCCUGCGGUUUGCCUUUUUCAAAUAUGUGAUGCCUCUUCAUGUUGGAUAUGAUGGCGGGGAUGGUCCUACUGGGUGGAUGUCCCCAUCACCAUUUUGUGAGGUUGUUGCCUUUUGUGAUUGUCUUUUGUAAUAUGAUUUGUUAUCUUUUUGUCUACUUUUUGUGAGUGUGGGUGGCAUGUGGAAGUCACUGUUAUGCAAGUUUUAAGAGUUGACACCAAUCUUGUAAUUGACAGUGUAUUCUAAUGUCAGUUAUAUUUAUUGAUGUUAACUAUGGUUAUCAGGACUUUUCAUUACACCCCUUUGUAAUAUUGGAAGUUUUAAAUGUUAAAGUUUACACUACACUAGCCAAAGCUGACUGGGAUUAUGUUCAGAUCUACACUCUUUUAAAAUUGUACACCUUAAAAAACAAUUCUUUAAACGAUGGCCACAUAUCGUAUGUAUGCAUUAACACAUUAACAAAGGGACUUACUUUGACUGCAAUGCAGCACACAGCUUUUGUAAAACUGACAAAUUGAAUAUUUUCAGUUUAAAUUUGUUGAACGCAAAGAUCGAUUUUAUUUCUGUUUGUGUGUAUUUUAGUAAAUAUAUUGCACUUGUUGUAAAUACAGAAUGUCAUGGUAAUA